AUGCAAAGACUGUGGUACAACGGUUGGAAGCGGAAGCACGCCUUGAAAUACCAGGCUGUAGACACACCGGACGGUAUGAUUCGGCAAUUGUGGGGUCCCAUGCUUGGUCGUCGCCAUGACGUGGCGAUGUUAGGGGAGAGUGGACUCGUGCAGACACUGCAGCAGUGGUUCAACGACGCUAAUGGCCUUCCGUACUACAUAUACGGGGAUCCCGCGUACCAGCUAUCCCCAUGGCUGAUGGCCCCCUACAAGGGCGUGUUGACGGAAGCCCAGGAAAUGUUCAACACUUCAAUGAGCUCGUGCCGCGUAACCGUAGAGUGGGGGUUCGGGAAGAUCGUCGCCUUGUGGCCCUACGUAGACUACGCGAAGAAGCAGCAGGUCGGCCUCAGUGCAUGCGGCCUUGGCAAGCAAUACGCAGUAGCAGGGCUUCUGACCAACUGUCACUCGUGCUUUUACGGCAAUUCGACGUCGAAGUACUUCGGCGUCCCCACCCCGACGCUGCGAGCCUAUCUUGCGGGUGAGGGUUGA